AUGUGGGGUUGUAUAGUAGGUGGCCGAAGCAAUACUCGCUCCCACGACAUGUCCUUAGCCUCACUUGCACUGUGUUCGAUCGCUGAUGAUGCUAGCCAGUCCACUGGGAACUACCGACAGCUGACAGGCUAUGCAGAAUUUGCCCUUUUCGGCGAGGGCGCCGUCAAUUGUGAAAUGCUACCUGGUCCGAUCAGCGGCCUGGGACUGCCCAUGGUCUCCAAGGCGAACCAUGCUCUGCUAACAGCACCUGGGACUGGCGAUCUUGGAUACGACCAUGAUAAUUUGCGUCAUGUUGUGAUUACUGCGACCUGCUUCGCGUUGGUCCUUUCUACGGUGUCGGUUGGCCUGCGUCUUUAUUGUCGCAAGAUCACAGGCACCAAGGUCUUCUUCGAUGAUUACUUGAUUAUCGUGGCAUUAGUAUGUCCUGUUUCACCCAACUUCCUCAAACCUCGUCCGAGUAUAGCUGACACUGGAUGCUGGCGGCAGGUUUUCGAAUACGCAGUGUCACUGGCUGGAGUUGUCUGCGUCGUCUGUAUUCCACUGGAGAAGCUCUGGAACCCGACGAUUCCCGGCGGGUGCAUUGAUCUGGCCAAGUUCUACUACGGGCUCCAGAUUCCGAACAUCGUAACUGACGCCGUCAUCCUGGCGCUACCGUUGAAACACGUUUGGAACCUUCAGGUGCCGCGUGCCGAGAAGAUCAUGCUCACUGGCAUCUUCUGUCUCGGUGCUUUAAUGCACCGCGUGCUAUCCCGACCGUCACAGACUGGAUCGGCAGAGAUAGAACAGUCCAAAAUCGUAUUCACUCAAACUGUGCGAGUCAAUAGCAGUCACACCGACCAGCCUUCCGACAUGACGAGUCGCACGGCCCCUUAUGCUGGGAGACCAUCGCCUUUGUCGACGGGGACUACUCUUGUGGGGAACCGCUUAUCUUGCAUGUUAAGCCGACCCACUGGCGGCGAUAACAGACCAACCGCGGCGAAAGAAGUGCCGGUCAGCAGGAAGGCCCUUGCGGGGGUUGUCUAUCGCAGCUUAUCGUGUGCGGAGAAGCAUCGGACCAGCUCAUAG